UGGAGAUUACUAGUAACCCAUCUCGUUUUAAGGAAAACUAAAGACAAUGUACUGACACAUAUGCAAGCCUACUCUGUUGAAUCGUCUAGAGGCUCGCCCAAAUCAACCCGCGAAGCAUCCCAAAGCACGACCAGUGCUCAUGAUGACCAUGCCGACAGACGUUUCUUGGAGCACGAACAUGUUCCAGAUUACUUCCUCGGUGGCGACACCCCUUCGCGCUCUCUUACAUCGGAAAAAGUCGAGCUCCUUCAAGAUGGUAUGGACCCAUCGCAGUCGUCGCCGUGCUCGACGUACGAUACGUACAACGCAACCCACAACACGAACAAUGACUCGGCACCUACUGAAAAACGAAUGAUCGGCAGUCAGGGAGGUCUUCGCCAUCUGGGCCGCUUGAGGGAAGGUAUAAGAAAAGCGGAUCUUGCCGUAAAGUUGCAACGCAGGGUGACACAUAUUGCCGAAUCCAUCGGCAUGACUGCUUGCUCGUGUGCUUUCUGUUCCGUCGCGAGUCGUGGGGCAUACGUGGGAAGAUUCUCGAUCGGACAUCAAGCCGUGAGUGGUCCUUCUUCCAGCGAGCCUGGCUAGCUCAGGCUUGCAUUUCGUGUACCUGUCUUAGUGUGUAUGUAAGCUGUUUUCACUGUUGUUCUUCUCCAGUCUCCACUGCAAGGCUCCUCUGGUGCACCCAUCAAAGGAUAUUACCACGGAAGCUUGAACGGCGCGGAUAGAACUUGAUGAGCGACUGACUACUCGGCCCCUAAAGGUGUUUUCAACAAACUUGGAAGAAAUUUCGCACGGGCAACGUCUCCGAAGUUUUCUUUCAGAACCUUUAGGGGCCGAGUGAAACUACGCAUUCAGGGAGAAUACCAAAACUGGGUCGCGCCGCCGCAUGCUGAGUUGGCAAUGGUGGGUUUGCAUGUGGCUAUGCUGCAGCUGAACGAGGCGUAUCCGUCGCACCGAUCGAGCCACCUUAUCA